UAUUGUUAUGGUCUUACAGAUUCAUGGUGGAUCCCUUCAUGCAUCUGAUGAUUUCCCGACCGAUCGCCAUUUGAUUGAGUUGUGGUCAUCCUCGAAUUCUUUUGUGUACGAAUACAUUACAUUCAAGGAUCUCAUGAUAAACUCAAAUUUCAGAGGUGGUGGCAUUGCAGUUAUAAAUUCACUAAGAAGUACCAUUGACAAUUGUUACAUUUCACAUUUCACCACCAGUGGUAUACUAAUCCAAGGUGGCCAUGAAACCUAUGUUAGAAACUCCUUUAUCGGCCAACACAUCAAUAUCGGUGGUGACCACCGCGAAAGGAACUUUUCUGGUAUUGGAAUUAACAUCCAAGGAAAUGAUAACGCAAUCACCGAUGUGGUAAUUUUUUCGGCAUCAAUUGGUGUAAUGGUACAAGGGCAAGCCAAUGUGCUCACCGGGGUACAUUGCUAUAACAAGGCCACUACAUGGGGUGGGACCGGAAUUUAUGUUCGUGCUCCCGGGUUGACCCAGACUCGAAUACUGAACUCCUACUUUGAUUUCACGGGUAUUGUGGCGGAGGACCCGGUCCAGCUCCAUAUAGCGGGGUCAUUCUUCCUUGGCAAUGCCUUUAUUUUGAUUAAAUCGUUGAAGGGUGUGGCAUGUGGCAUUAGUAUUGUUGACAAUAUGUUUUCAGGUGAUUAUACGGGUGUCCCAAUCGUCCAACUAGAUCAAUCUAACGGACAGUAUUUUACUACCAUUGAUCAAGUCAUGGUUGACCGAAAUGUAGUACAGGGCAUGGUUCUUAAAUCAACGGUUGCCAAGGGGUCAGUUUGGAGCAAUGGGACUAGAUGGACCGUUGAUUUCUCAAAACUUCUCCUCUUCCCUGAUCUCAUACAAAAUGUGCAAUACACAUUGCAUGCAAGUAAGUCAUUUCCUAAGCACGUCCUACGAGACGUGUCGAGCAAUCGUGUGAUGGUGGAAUCCGACGUGCCGGUUUCAGCCACGUUGCAUGUAUCAGUAGAUCAAAGCAUGAUGGGUUACGUAUAAUUAGGAACCUAAUUGUGAUUAAAAUACAUGUAAA